UCUCAUAUGUAUCCAAUUCUAGUUUCCGUCAGUAGUGUGAGAAGUAAAUACCGUCAAGUCUACUUUGUUACGCCAACUAUUUAUUUUGACGAGGUAUAAAUUGUUGCUAUUUUCCUACCUGGUGUCGUUCAUCUAAUCGAUAGCUUGCUUCUUAACGAGCUGAUAAGUGCGGAAAAGUGACAGUUGCUUUGAUAAGUGUGGUGGUUUUAUGCGAUUCGAAGAGUGAGGGUGCCCCUUUUGGGGGUGGAAAACUUGGUAAAAUCGAAAUUAAUAUUGAACUCAUGUAGAUUCAGAUUGGAAUCUAAUUUUCGCAUCGUAUGUCAUCAUACACCGUGAUUAGUGGUGUGUGUACAUAUGUACUCGUUGUGGUUUUACAUAGUUUACCGUAAAUCUAUGCAAAUGUGUGUGUGUGUGGUUAAUGAUUCCGUUUCUUGUUGUGCCAUUGGCGAGUGAAAAAUCUUAAAGGAUGACAUUGCUAACAAUCCUAAGUAUUUGAAAAUUGAGUCAAUCAUUUUUAAGCAUAUAUCAACUUAUUUGAUACAAAAUAGUUAACAAAUCGUCGUCCAAACAGAACAUAGAAAUAAAUCAUUACAUUUUUAUUGGAGGAUAGCCAACCUCCAAAACAUAAUUACUUAACUUUCCUACCUACUAAAAAAAGUUAGUAAAUAAAUACAAAAGUGCAAGAAUUUUUUAAUUGCAAGUAAUUGAAUGGGACAUUGUACUGAGGAAAAUGUUUUGUUGAUAAAUUCAUACACAUGAUUUGGCAAUGGAGAAAUCUAUGCAAUUCGUCCAGUAUUAAAUAAUAACGUACCAUAAUUAUUGAUGACAAUUAGUCGUCAUCGUCGUCUCAUUAAUUCGUAGUGCAAUUAGUGUCGAGAUAAAGUUUUCAGAAUGGACAAGGUCGGACAGAAGUUGGUGAGAAACCUCAAAUCUCGCAAGUACGAGGUCAUGGACGGAAUCAACUCGGUCGAUCGGGUGGAGACUUUGCAGAUCGGUCGUUUCAGUCCGGACGCGUACAGUCAGCACAAUACGAGCCAUCCCCACGGCGACGACCCCAACCACAAUGGUGGCGACGGAAGUCAGAAAUCCUACCGUGAACUGGGAAACGACAUUGAAAUGACGGCAUCCGUCUCUGGCGUGGUUCCGGAUGAUACAUUUACGGUCGCCCAGGCUAUAAAUGCUCUCGGGUUUGGCAAGUUUCAAGUCAUGUUGUCCCUUUUUACGGGACUUUGUUGGAUGGCGGAUAGCAUGGAGAUGAUGAUUCUGAGCAUCCUGUCCCCCGCGUUGCACUGCGAGUGGGGAAUCAACGAGUACAAGCAGGCAUUUCUGACCACGGCCGUCUUUUUCGGGAUGAUGGUCAGCUCGCCGUUUUGGGGUGACCUGAGCGACAAGUAUGGGCGUCGUUUAGCCCUCUGGGUUUCCGUGGGGCUGCUCUUCUUCUACGGGACGGUCAGCUCGUUCUCACCAGGAUAUUUGUGGCUCGUUUUUCUCCGCUGUUUUGUCGGAUUUGCGAUCGGAUGUGUUCCUCAGUCGGUGACUCUGUACGCCGAGUUCUUACCAACCAAACAGAGGGCGAGGUGUGUCAUUUUGUUAGACUGUUUCUGGGCGCUGGGGGCCUGCCUGGAAGUUUUGCUCGCUCUAGUCGUGAUGCCCACGUUGGGUUGGAGGUGGCUUCUGGGACUCUCGGCGCUGCCAAUUUUCAUAUUUUUCAUCAUGUGCUAUUGGCUUCCCGAGAGCGUCCGCUUUCUGGCCGCGAGCGGUGAGACGGAGAAGGCCUUGUCCACGCUCAAGAGGAUCGCGAAGGACAACGGGCGACCAAUGUUGCUCGGCCGACUGGUCGUUGACGACAUGCAGCAAACGGAACGUGGCAGGAUGAAGGAUCUCCUCAUGCCAGAAAUGAGAAAAACGACACUGCUCCUUUGGUUCAUUUGGAUGACAUGUGCCUUCUGCUACUAUGGGGUCGUCCUCCUCUCGACUGAGAUUUUGGGAGACACUCCACGCCACAGAAGCCUGACAUCGUCCCCCACCAUCACCAUGUUCGGCAAUUCGUCGUCUUCCUCCACCACGUUGUCGCCCCUAGCUUUGUCACUCGUGCAGGGGAAUGGCACCUCCAUUAUGAGCGAGUGCAAGAAUCCGGACCACAAAAUGCUUACCCAGAGCGACUACAUUGACCUACUGUGGACAACAUUGGCAGAAUUUCCAGGGAUUCUCAUCACUAUUUUCGUCCUGGACAAAAUUGGGCGCAAGAAUACCAUGGCGGCACAAUUUGUCCUCUUUGCAUUGACAAUUUUCAUGUUCUGCUUUCCCAUCGAGGACCGUGUCGUUAAAACGAUCAUAUUAUUCGCUGCGAGAGGCAUUGUGUCUGGAGUGUUCCAAGCGGCCUACGUGUACACGCCAGAGGUUUAUCCCACUUCGAUGCGAUCCAUUGGAAUAGGGACGUGUUCCAGUAUGGCCAGGAUUGGUGCGAUGGUUACCCCAUACGUUGCACAGGUCAUUUACAAGCAGUCCGUCGCCCUUGCUGCUGGCGUGUACGGCGUCAUCGCCUUGAUGGCGGCCGUCGUCGCGAUCAUGUUGCCAAUUGAGACGAAAGGCAAAGAAAUGCCGGAUAGGGUUCCAAAGUCAUGAAGAUUACACGCAAAUUCAUACUUUUUAAAGUGGACACGAUUUUCACCUGCUUUUUUGCACUGGUGCAAUUACAAAUUCAUUUAGUUCUUAUCACAACGCUAAUUAUUAGAGUUGAUGGAGAAGGAAGACCACAAACAAAUAUUAAUAAUGCAAAUUUCGGGAAUCACACACGUCAUAUUUAUUUUACUUGUAACUAAUCCUGUACCUACGCAUACAUGAUAACUUGUUGUUGUUGGAUUAGUGACCAUGCAGAAUUCAGUAAAUUGACCAACCAUUUUAGAACUACUUGUACUUGUGUAAAGUAUACAUUACAUGUACAACAUUUUAUACCCCUUACAUAAAAAUAAAUGCAUACCAAAGAAGCCAAUAAUGAAAAGUAAUACGUAUUGUGCAAUAAAAAAAUAGACUAGUUUUUAAAAUUGGAGUCGUAUUUUUGACAUAUUGGUCUUUAUUCUGAUUGAAGUGUGUCAUCUGGCUGAAUGAUUCCCCUCCGGAACGAUUUCCUCCCAUAUUUGUAUAGGACUCACUGUAGCAGAUAAAUAAAGAAAUCCUUAAUCCGGGACUGGUUUAGCAACACAA